GGUGUUUUGUUCGCCAAUCUGUAAAUAGCGAUACCUGUCCGUCUAAGGGCACUUCAACAGUCAAGAGUCACAGACUAUCCUCUGCAUGUUAUAAUGAAGUGCUUUGUGACUCUCUAAGAGAGUAUUUGGAGGGCACAUUCUCUGCUGAACCACCCAAGUCCAGUCCUCCAUGUAGGCCAAGUAAGACAUCAAGAUCAGAGGUCUCAGCAGAAACUGAGUAUCUCUGUGUAAUGACUGCAAGCCAGACUGCUGUCCAAAUCCAAGGCCAAUGUAAUGUUCAAGCUCAUUCUGCAGAGACUGAAAACAAUAAGGAAGUCAGAGAUGAGGAUGUAACCCUGCACCAAAACAAGGAAACCUUUCCUUCUACCAAUUCAUUUGAGGGACUUCAAAAGAUAGACAUAAAUUAUUUCCCCAAAGAUCCUAAAGACUGUGGCACUAGUCAUGUAGCAAGUAUGACUUUAUGCAUAGCAAGCAGUAUAUCGUCUGUUCAUGAAGAAAUCGGAAACUCUCAAGACUUGUUCAGUACACCAAGUGACCGUUCAGAGAACCACAUUCACACUAAGCUGUGCCAUGAAAAGUUACGUUGCUGUCAUGUCAGUCCAUGUAGUAAAAAACCUUACAAAAGAGCAAAGAUUUCUAAAGAUGCUUCCAUGAACCUGUUUAAGAAAGGCUCAAAUGUACAUGAUGACUUUGAGAAAGCUAAUAAAACAUAUCAAGCUUACAGUUCCAUUACAAAAACAGAGCUGCUUCAGAGAUGCACAGACAGCAAUAUUAAAUACCACAUAUUGGUCACAGUGAUGCAUCCUUGCCAUGUAAAAGAAAUCAAGUUAAAAUCUGGACCAAAGGCAGGCUCCCAGGUACCAUUAGCAACACUUGUAGUAACUGACCAAUCAGGGAUUGAAAUGAAACUAAUUCUAUGGAGGGCUGCUGCAUUUUGGGCAUUGACUGUCUUUCCAGGAGAUGUUAUCCUAGUAACAGCCGUCACAGUUCAUGAAGAUAAAUGGCAUGGAGAAAAAGUUCUACAGACAACAUUUGCAAGCAAACUGUUGAACCUAGGAUUUUGCUCAACAAUUAAUCCUCAACAAUGUCUCAACAUUAUAGAUACCCUUGUUCUGCAGGAUAUGCUGAACUACAUAUCCUGCAAGUGCUCACAUUUGAUGAACAUCCCUCCCCGACGGCCACAGACCCUGGAGCAGGUAGUACAUGUGGAACUCGGGCAGCUUCAGCCAGAUAUGAUAGCUCAUGUCAUUGUGAAAGUGACUGAUAUCACUGUAUUGACAGAAUCCGUAUAUAGUUACAAAGGACAAAGACUACAGAAGGUGGUCUUAACAGUCGAACAGGUGAAAGGUCAUCGAGGUACUCUGGUAUUGUGGGGCAGUGGAACAGACUGGUAUCCACAAAUUCAGAAGAAAAAAGACCAUCUGUGGGACUUUAGAAACCUUAUCGUUCUUGCAAAUUCUGUAUCAGGUGACCUAGAGCUACAUACCACUCCAUGGUCAGCUUGUGAGUGCCUCUUUAAUGAUGAUAAAAGAGCAGUUGAGUUUAAAGCUCGAUAUCAAUCAGAGAAGAAGUUGUCUAUAAAGGCUACGGAUCUUCAAAGUCUUUUAACAGAAACCUAUUCAGGAGAAAUCCAGCUGAGGGCACACGUUGUUUCAUUGCAGCUCACAAGAGGUUCCCCCACCAUUACAGCAUCAUGUUACAUAGAUUCCAACACACCACUGGAGAUGAUUGUGACCUAUCUUUCUGAGAUCAUAUAUACAGGCUGUGGAAAUUGUGAAUGUCCUCUGAAAACUGAUAUAAACAACAUUUAUGAACAAUGUAAUGCAUGCCUACCUUACAACAAAGUGAAGAUGUUUUAUAGCCCAGCAGUUAUGACAGUUUCAGAUGGGAGUAAUGUGAUUUUGGUCCAUGUAUCUCCUAAGCUUUUGAAGAAGAUCUUCCUUAAUAUUCCAGCUGACUGGAUGAAGAAGGCCAUAGUCCCUUCCUCAGAUGUGACCUAUGGAAUGGUUGCAGCAGAUGCUUGUCAUUCACUCGUAGCAGAUCCUCCAGAGACAUACCUGAUGACCAUUAGAAGUUAUUUCCAGAUGGAUGAAAACAGCAUUACUUUAUAUCAGGAAUUCAAUUUAAUUGAUCUACAUGUAGAACUCUGAUUGGCAGAUGUGUUUUUUCUUUAAAUGAAAUCAAAGAAACCAUAUUCAAAUAUAAGACACACUGACUAGGAAACCUUGUGUUCAAAGCUCUGAAAUGAGACUUCUCUUGUCACAUUUACUUUCAAUAUCACUGUCUUCUCUCUGUUUGAGUAAUCGUCUUGCAUUGAAAUCAAGUCAACAUGUCCUGUCACUUUAUGUGUAUUGCCCAUUUUAUGUUUAAUGACUAUGGUCCCAUAAUUUGUGACCAUAUUGUGCAGUAUAUACUGGGGUCACUAGCUCCAUCCAUCUUGUUUGUGUCUAUUAAUUCACUGUAAGAAUAAUAGACAAAAUUAAUUUAUUAAAUGAAUUCUGAAAUAUCUAAUCUGACUAUAUUGCAGCUGGCACACAGUGAGAAUCUGUAUGUGGUUGCAAUUUAAACAUGUAUAUGUGUUUGUUCUGACAAAAAAAAAAACAGCAUGUAAUAUUAAAACAUAUGUGGUUCAGAUUACAAAAA